UUAAGUUUUUCCCCAUCUAGAGUUUUCAGCCCAUUGGUGAACCUUGAAAUAAUUUUGAAAUCAAAAGCAGGCUGUUUUAAAAACACAAUAGAAAAAAAAUUUAAAACAAACAAACAAACCACAAUAGACCAGGAUGUGCUGCAGUUCAAAGGGGAAACCUCAUUUAAUAAAACUUCUCAGGUACACCUGUCUGUGUGUGUACUGAGUUAUACCAUAAAGUGCAUUUCUUACUAUGCACCAUAACCAAAAAUUUGAAAACUCACUGAACUAUAGUUUGUUUUAUGAUAGAGGAGGGUUUUUUAAAGACAUCAGUGUUUUUCAUCUGUUUAUUUUUACUAUAUUCACCUGGCACUGCCUUAGCUGCAUGAGGUCUGAGCAAGUAGCCUUUUCAGAUAUUUCACUGCCCUUUCCACUAUAAAUUCCUUGAACUUACAGUAUGCUUAAGCCAUAUGACUUUAUAUACAUAUAAAUAUUAAAUUCCUACCGAUUAGGUGACAUACUAAUAGACCAAUUUAAUUGAAACUCUGAACUACUGGGUAUUAAAACACCCAAUCCGCUACAUUCAGCCAACUGCUGGAAGUACUUUACAGCUUUUAAGAUACAAGGGCACCAUCUUCUGGUGAAAUAUUUUCUUUGCUGGGCAGAUAUGAAAGAGCUACCAAAAAUGUCAUUUUUCGAGCAAAAAUUACAACUGACAUCGUAUAUACAUUGAUAUUUUUAGAACUUUUUACUUCAUUUAGGAGUUUGCUCCAUCUCUGAGAAGGAGCUUUCUAUUCCCCAGCAGUGACAGGAGCUAGUCUGUCCUUCCUGACUUUCCGUUAAGCGAGCUGGUUUCAAGUUUCAGCUCCUCCUUGAAUUCCAGCUUGCUGAGACUUUGCCUAGAAUCAUCCAAAAUGGAGCCUCUCACAGCCUACCCUUUGAGAUGUUCAGGGCCCAAAGCAAAGGCAUUUGCAGUCUUGCUGUCUAUGGUUCUGUGCACAGUAAUGCUAUUCCUCCUACAACUCAAAUUCCUAAAACCUAAAAUCAACAGCUUUUAUACCUUUGAAGUGAAAGAUGCAAAUGGAAGGGCGGUUUCUCUGGAAAAGUUUAAAGGCAAAGUUGCACUAGUUGUAAACGUGGCUAGUGACUGCCAACUCACAGACAGAAAUUACUUAGCACUGCAGGAACUGCACAAGGAGUUUGGACCAUUCCACUUCAGCGUCUUGGCUUUUCCAUGCAAUCAGUUUGGAGAAUCGGAGCCCCGCCCAAGCAAGGACGUAGUAUCUUUUGCAAGAAAUAACUUCGGAGUAACAUUUCCCAUCUUCCACAAGAUUAAGAUUCUAGGAUCUGAAGCAGAACCUGCAUUUAGAUUUCUUGUUGAUUCUUCAAAGAAGGAACCAAGGUGGAAUUUUUGGAAGUAUCUGGUCAACCCUGAAGGUCAAGUUGUGAAGUCCUGGAGGCCAGAGGAACCCAUUGAAGUCAUCAGGCCUGAGAUAGCAGCUCUGAUUAGACAAAUGAUUAUAAAAAAGAAAGAGGAUCUAUGAAAAUGCCAUUGAACCAUUAUAUGGCAAUAGUCAGAAUACAAAAAUGUCUCCAUGAGGAUUUGGUCCCCUUUUAAAUUAACUCUAACAAUUAAAUAUGGCACUGAAGGAUAACUUUUCUUUUAUGUUAUCUUGUUAGUGAGUAGUAAUGAAUGUCCACAGUACAGAUGUUACCUAAAGCAAAAAUAAACAGCAGCCAACGACUCUAAAUGAAAUAUAUUAAAUACUUCAUCUGACCACACUAAAUAAUUCAGAAUACCAAUGUGCUUCAAUAUCCUAUUGUUUCACUUGACAUUUUCUAGGAUUGUACUUGAUGGAAAUGUCAAUACACUAGACCAUUGUUUGAACUCAAGAUACUGUGUGACAUUUCCAGAGUAACUGUAAAUGAUAUUUUUAUGUAAUGAAAGGCAAAAUAAACAUUGAAAAUGUGAAAUAUA